GAAGUUGGAGAGAAAGAUUGUAUAAUAAAUAAGUCGAAAGUUUUAACCUUUGAGAGUUCCAUGUCGAUAUUUAGUCAUCAAAUACUAAACCCAUAAAUUUCAGUUUUUUUUCUUCUAGUAGUUGAGCUCAUUGUAGAUUCAAUUGUUGUAUUCGAUCGCUAACCCAAUCAUUGAAUUUGAUUUAUACUGAAAUAUAGUUACCAAUCAUUCAUAUCCAACCCUGUUAUGCAGCCUUUGUAGGUCUCUUCAGUAAACGCAAAAUUCAUCGGUUGAUGUGCUAUGCAUAUUACGUGUUUGAUAAUAUGACUAGCAUAUUUCAACGAUGAUAAAUAAGGAAUGCCUCCGCCACCAGUCUUUGUUGAUCGCCUUUAGAUUCUACUCUAGAAUACGUCCUCCGCCGCCUGCCAUUGCUGUACCUGUCCUUCGAGUUACAAACAAUAUUGCUCAUUUGGGUCCUCCUAAAGAAGGCCCUAAACCUCGUCAACUUCUCUCCCUUCCGCCCUUCCCUGGUUAUCCCUUGCCUGGAAAAGCUUCAUCGUCUGGACAAUUCACUGCAAUCAGCUGGGUCAAGUACUACUUUCAAGCAGCUAGCAAUUUGGUCGUUCAGUCCCUCUUUAACCAUGGCCUUGUGCAAACGGAGUGUCGCUACUUGGACAGCUCAAACAAGAAAGCAAUGAGAAAGGUUAUGCAUGAUGAAGUGAUGAAUGAAGGUGCAAGAAUACAUAUACCUGUAUCAGUUGCGGCAUCUAGUAUUUCCAAGAGAUUCGACACCAUACCAAGUGGAACUCUGUAUCCAAAUGCUGAUGAAAUAGCAUAUCUGCAAAGGCUGGUCCAUUAUAAGGACUCAGCUAUUCUCGUGUUAAACAAGCCACCUAAAUUGCCUGUAAAGGGGAACCUACCUGUGCAUAACAGCAUGGAUGCCUUGGCAGCUUCAGCAUUGACUUUUGGGUACGAUGAAGGUCCUAAAUUGGUUCACCGUCUUGAUAGAGAGAGUAGUGGCAUCAUUUUGCUAGGGAGAACUAAGGAAAGUGUCGAUCAUCUUCAGUGGCUGUUUAACCGCAAUGAUCGUGCAAAACUCUCUGAUAAGGAUUGGAAUGAUGCUUGUGAGGCAACAUAUCAGAGAUAUUGGGCAUUGGUCAUAGGACGACCCAAGGAAAAUGAAGGCAUCAUUAAUGCUCCGAUUUCCAAGGUAACGCUGAAUGAUGGGAAAACAGAGAGGGUGAUUUUGGCACAUUGCUCAAGGUUAGAAGCCUCUCAAGAGGCUAUUACUGAAUAUCGAGUUCUUGGUCCAACCAUAAAUGGAUGCUCAUGGAUUGAACUAUGUCCACGUACAAGCCGCAAGCACCAGCUGCGGGUACAUUGUGCUGAAGCACUAGGGACACCAAUUGUAGGUGACUAUAAGUACGGUUGGUUCGUUCAUAGUAAAUGGAAGCAAAUGCCUAGAGUUGAUAUCGAGCCAAAAUCAGGGAAACCCUACAAGUUAAGAAGACCGGUUGGAUUGGCUGUUCAAAAAGGUAGUGUUCUUUCGAAGGUCCCUUUGCUUCACCUUCAUUGUAGAGAGCUGGUACUUCCUAACAUAGCAAAGUUUAUCGAAAGUGGGAAGGAAGGUUCAGAGUUUGGCGAACUCAUGUUCCAACCGGAUCUACUUCGGUUCGUGGUAUCCAUGCCAUCUCACAUGAAAAUCAGCUGGAACCUUAUGUCUUCAUACUUGGUGUGAGCCAAACUCUUUUUAUAAUAGGUAAACACUUCAUAUUUAAGAUUGGUCUUUGUACUUUAGUACCCAUUAUUCAUGAUCAAUUUACUUGGCUAACUAAUUCAUUUCCUUGAGUUAACCAUUU